AUGCGUUUUGCAAUUGGCGCUACCGUUGCGCUCGCUGCCGCCGUUGCGCGCGCAGACGAUGCCAGCUCUUCCGAACCCGCGUCUUCCUCGACCUCGGUCGCAAAGCCUACCUUUACUCCCACAGAGCUCAAGGCACCUUUCCUCGAACAAUUCACCGACGACUGGGAGUCCCGAUGGAACCCCUCGCACGCAAAGAAGGACGUCAAGGCCGACGACGAGGAGUGGGCAUACGUUGGUACUUGGUCCGUCGAGGAGCCUGCCGUACUCAAGGGUAUGGAGGGCGACAAGGGACUGGUCAUCAAGGACAAGGCUGCCCACCAUGCCAUCUCCGCCAAGUUCCCCAAGGCCAUUGACAACAAGGAUGACACCCUCGUUGUUCAGUACGAAGUUAAGCUUCAGGACGGUCUCGAGUGCGGUGGUGCGUACAUGAAGCUCCUCCAGGACAACGCAGCUCUCCACGCUGAGGAGUUCUCCAACGCGUCUCCCUACAUCAUCAUGUUCGGUCCCGACAAGUGCGGUGCUACCAACAAGGUCCACUUCAUCUUCCGCCACAAGAACCCCAAGACCGGCGAGUACGAGGAGAAGCACCUCAAGAACCCUCCCAUGGCCCGUAUCGUCAAGACCACCAGCCUCUACACCCUCAUCGUCAAGCCCGACCAGAGCUUCGAGAUGAAGAUUGACGGCGAGUCCGUUCGCAACGGUACUCUCUUGGAGGACUUUACCCCUUCUGUCAACCCCGAGGCAGAGAUUGACGACCCCAACGACACAAAGCCCGAAGACUGGGUUGACGAUGCUCGCAUUGCCGACCCCGAGGCCACCAAGCCCGAGGAUUGGGACGAGGACGCGCCAUUUGAGAUUGUCGACGAGGAGGCCACCAAGCCUGAGGACUGGCUUGAGGAUGAGCCCACCACCAUUCCCGACCCCGAGGCUGAGAAGCCUGAGGACUGGGAUGACGAGGAAGACGGUGACUGGGUUCCUCCCACCGUUCCCAACCCCAAGUGCGAUGAAGUUUCUGGCUGUGGCAAGUGGGAGCCUCCUAUGAAGAAGAACCCUGCCUACAAGGGCAAGUGGACCGCUCCCUUCAUCGACAACCCGGCUUACAAGGGUGUCUGGGCUCCCAAGAAGAUUGCCAACCCCGACUACUUCGAGGACAAGACCCCUGCCAACUUUGAGCCCAUCGGUGCUAUUGGUUUCGAGAUCUGGACCAUGCAGAAGGACAUUCUCUUCGACAACAUCUACAUUGGCCACUCUAUCGACGAUGCUGAGAAGCUCAAGGCUGAGACGUUCGACCUCAAGCACCCCGCCGAGAAGGCCGAAGAGGAGGCCAACAAGCCCAAGCCCAAGCCCAAGGACACACCCAAGUCGCCCUCCGACCUUGUCUUCAAGGAUGACCCAGUUCUUUACGUCAAGGAGAAGCUGAACCUUUUCAUCGAGAUCGCCAAGCGCGACCCCGUUGAGGCUGUCAAGUUCGUUCCUGAGGUCGCUGGCGGUAUCGGUGUUAUCGCUGUCACCAUUUUCGCUAUCCUCGCCUCUGUCCUUCUUGGCUCUGGCGCUGCACCUUCGCAGGAACAGCUCAAGGCCCAGGCAAACAAGGCUAAGAAGACUGCCGUUGAUGCCAAGGACAAGGCUGCUGAGGCUGUCGCUACUGGAGCUGAGAAGGCUCAGGCUGAGGUCAACAAGCGCACCACUCGAUCAAACGCCUCAUAG